GACAUAUCCGGAUGUUGUUCGGCGGCAAUGCUUGUACUACUGUUCCUUGCGUGGCAGUUCCCCUUCUCCUCUGUUGCAUCUGCAGACCCUGACCGAAUCCCUGCAAGGCCUCGCUGCCUCGUUUCUCCACACUCUGACGAUCAAUCCUGCGCCCUCCAAUUCUCUGGACCGUUACUGCCAUUCUGCUCGUGUGCCCUCUUACUGCUUUACUUCUUCCUGUCCUCUCCCCGAACUCUGUUCGCCUCGACGAGCGUCUUUUUCAAGUUUGUCUGCCUUUACUCCAUGUCACAAUAACAUAUGCCUCAUUUCUGCCGAUGGCGCCCUUCAUUUAUAACUUACUGAUCUUCUCAACCCUCUUUUCCUCCGCCUUCACCAGUCCAACCCUCGAGUCGCACAACUCGCUACGGCGCGCAAAGCCAUCCUACUCUUACAAAGAAAGGCAAGAUGGCCCUUUCCGGAGAUUCCGAGACAGUAUAGUUGAGAAAAUAUGGUCUUUACCGAGUAAACCUGUACAACAAUCCUUCACUCCUUCAAAUCCAAUUCGGCUGCCUGAAAAUUUCAAAGCCCGUUAUGGAAACGAGGUCGUCCUUCGAUUUGAUGUGCGGACCGAAGACGAAGCAAAGGCCUUGUCAAAGGCAGCCCAAGACUUAUACUUGGACAUUUGGGAGGCCACAGACGACUGGGUGGACAUAAGAAUAGCAAAAGACAUUAUACCACCAUUCCUCGAUCUGCUGCCUUCCACUGUACACGUUUCCUACAGACCUUUGAUGCACGACUUGGCCCGGGCCAUCUACGACACAUAUCCAGACAGGCCUUACAGUGAAGACCACUCGAUCGAAUCCAGGCUCACAACACCAUACUCUCGAAGCACAUGUGCAGGCCCGCCUCAGGACCUCUUCUUUCAAGACUACCAGCCUCUUUCCGUCCUUUAUCCAUGGCUACGGCUGAUUGCUUCGCUAUUUCCAGCACAUGCGACUUUGAUCAGCAUAGGUCAAUCCGCUGAAGGUCGAGACAUUCCGGCCUUGAAAUUAGGCAGACGAUCAGACAAUAACGGUGACCCCCAUACCAAGAGACGCACCCUCCUAGUGGUUGGUGGCAGUCAUGCGCGAGAAUGGAUAGCAAUCUCAACAACUGCUUUCGUGGCAUACAACUUGGUGACGCGCUACGGGCAUCCUCAAUACUCUACGGUGACAAAAUUGUUGAACCACUUUGAUGUUGUCUUCGUCCCUGUUCUAAACCCCGAUGGCUAUGAAUAUACAUGGACCACGGAUAGAUUAUGGCGCAAGAACCGACAAUCAACCUCGCUUCCGUUCUGCCCCGGUAUCGAUCUGGACCGGUCAUUCGGCUUUGGAUGGGAUGGUCAUGGCGAUUCGACCAACGCAUGUAGCGACGACUAUCCUGGACCAAGACCGCUGGCUGCAACCGAAGCCCAAAUCCUGACGGAUUGGGCCCGAAAUGAGACGAGAGAUAACGACGUCGAAUUCGUGUCGUAUCUGGACUUUCAUUCCUAUUCGCAGGAAAUUCUCUAUCCCUUCAGUUACACCUGCGACGUCAAUCCACCGAACUUGGAAGACCUCGAGGAGGUAGCGAUGGGCAUUGCCAAGUCAUUCAGGCUAACCAACGGCCGCUACUACGGCGUCGAGAGCGCCUGUUCAGGAAGCAUCACCUUCCGAGACAAGGUCAAAAAGACGCGAGUACAGCUUGAAUCCCAAGGUGGUUCGGCAUUGGACUUCUUCUACCACGAUCUGGACGUCAAACUUGCUUUCCAGGUCAAACUCCGCGAUACAGGAACGUACGGUUUCCUGCUACCCAAAUCAAACAUUGUACCUACUGGUGAAGAGGCGUACGAGGCAGUCAUGGGUCUAGGCCGAUGGCUCCUGGGCAACCAUGGGAUUGAGGGCAUUCAUCAGUCCGAGUCUGUCUGGGGUGAAGAGACUACCGUCGAAAACGAUGCCAGUGUUCAGGUCGACCAGGAUGAGGAGGACGCCGACUUUUAUGAACCUGAUUACGACUUGCGACGGAGGAGGCGGCGUUAGAACAAGCCGGUAUUGUUGGCGGCGAUAUUGACUUCCUCCAUGAUAUACUCUACGACAGCACUGAAUAAUGAAAUCUUCCUGAAUGAUGUAUAUUGGGUGAGGAUGGGCAUACAUACUCAUGUAGUAAUGCGCUGGGCAUGUAUUUGCCGUACGAAUAGCUGGAUACCCUGAAUUACCCAUAAAAACUCAUUUCAACUCGAU